AUGCUUAGGCUCCGCUUACUAACGUGGGACGUGAAGGACACGCUGCUGCGGCUGCGGCAGCCGGUGGGGGAGAGCUACGCGGCCGAGGCCCGGGCUCACGGGGUCCGGGUGCAGCCGGAGGCUCUCGGUCAGUCUUUCCGGGAGGCGUACGGAGCCCAGAGCCGGCGCUUCCCCAACUACGGCCAGGGCCGGGGGCUGAGCUCCCGGCAGUGGUGGCUCCACGUCGUGGAACAGACCUUCAGGCUCUCGGGCGUGCAUGAAGACAGAGUCCUAACGCUGAUGGCGGAAAACCUCUACCGUGACUUCUGCAACGCCUGUAACUGGGAGGUGCUGCCGGGAGCCGUAGAGACCCUGAGCCGGUGCCGCCAGCGCGGCUUCCGCAUGGGGGUGGUCUCCAACUUCGAUAACCGGCUGGAAAACAUCCUCUGCCAGUGCAACCUGCGGCACCACUUUGAAUUCGUCCUCACCUCCGAGGAUGCAGGCUUCGCCAAGCCAGACAGGAGGAUCUUUGAGAAAGCCCUGUGCCUCAGCGGGGUCCCCCCGGAGCAGGCGGCUCACGUCGGGGACGACUACACCCGGGAUUACAGGGCGGCCCGUGCCGUGGGAAUGCACAGCUUCCUGCUCCGGGCAGUGGGGCAGGACAAGGAGCCAGAGGUGCCCCCCAAGCACGUCCUGCCCACGCUCAACCACCUCCUGGCUCUUAUUGAGAGGGGGUAGCUGCGUUUCAGAGGAGGACCCGCACCACUGCAGAGUGGUGAACUGGUCCUGGCAUGGGAUUUCUUGCUGCCCGUUGGGCAGGGACAAGAAGCGAGCACUUCUGAGUGCAGGGAGCAGCGCUGCCCGCAGAGCAGGGGGGGUGUUCAUGCAAUAAAACGUAUCUGAGGCUCA